GGAAGAUUUAAGCUUAUCCUCGCUUCGUCGUGCCUCUUUUUCAUCGCCUGCGAGCUUCCGUCCGUUUGGCUACUUCACUUUCAUUAUCUAAUUUACCUGAAUCAAUUGAGUUGGGUAGAAAUAGACUAGCAGGAAUUGUUGCCAAUCGGUUAUCGACGACACUCCCUAUUCUCCGUUUCUCCAGCCACACCUACACAUUAUAUCCAGAAUGGAUGCACCGAUUCGACUCACUGUGUUGAUAUCAGGCAAUGGCUCAAACCUCCAGGCCGUAAUCGACAAGACAGUCGCGGGGGAACUUCCGGUGAACAUUGUCCGAGUCUUAUCGAACCGCAAAGACGCAUAUGGGCUCGAGCGUGCCCGACGUGUGAACAUUCCUACACAAUACCACAACCUUGUGAAAUAUAAGAAGCAGCACCCUGCGACCCCAGAGGGUAUCCAGGCGGCUCGGGAGGAAUAUGAUGCGGAGCUGGCGAGGUUGGUCCUUGCGGACAGUCCAGACAUGGUAGCUUGCUUGGGAUUCAUGCAUGUGCUGUCUCCGAGGUUCUUGGAGCCACUGGAGACGGCCAAGAUUAAGAUUAUUAACCUUCACCCUGCGUUGCCGGGGGCCUUUAAUGGAGCACAUGCAAUUGAGCGGGCCCAUAGCGCUUGGCUAGAAGGAAAGAUUGACAAGACAGGGGUGAUGAUCCACAAGGUGAUCUCUGAGGUUGAUAUGGGUACUCCUAUACUUGUACGAGAGAUUCCAUUCGUCAAGGGAGAGGAUGAAAAUCUUGAACAUUUUGAAGAAAAGGUCCAUGCUAUUGAAUGGGGGGUUGUGAUUGAAGGUGUAAAGCUUACAAUCGAUGAGAUAAGAAAGGAAAAGAAACGUGGUUCGACGGAAGCAUGAACGAGGCUGCCACGCCACAAGAGGGUGAAAAAAACAAAACAAAAAAAGAAUAUGAAGCGGUCUGGUCUAAGAUGACUGGUCACGCCUAUACCCUUCGGGACAAUAAUUUAUGGUUUCAAAUAAGCAUUGAAUGAUACGAUCUGGCGGUAUGGUUACUGAAUACUGCUUAGUUUGCAGUGCAUACGUAACUACGUGUUUUCUGGAUGUGCUAAUGGAAAAGAUUUCCAGGUUCUGUGAUUGAAC